UGGCCCAGUGCUGCCUCAGGGGCAGGAGAUGGAGAAGUUUCGCACCGUGUUGGAUUUCUGCCUCAGUCACCAGAAGGUGAUUGGUUACAGCGCUGUGUCCCUACUGACUGCUGCAAGUGAGCGUCUCUUCUCAGUCGUGGUGUUUCAAUGCCCCUGCAACUCCUGGAACAUGUAUUAUGGCUCCGUCUUCCUGCUGGUGCCAGCCCUGAUCCUCUUCCUUCUUGGCUGCCUGCUGAAUGUCGGGACCUGGCGGGUGUUCACUGGCUGCGUGGGGCGCUGCUGCCGUUACAGUAAGGUGCUGUGGCUGGUGACGGUGAGCACUUCUGUGGCCCCGCUCACGUGGAUCGCUGUGGCCCUGCUUGGUGCCAGCUUCUAUGAGUGUGCAGCAAGUGGGAGCAGCCUGAUACAGAAGCACCUAUGCAAAGGCAAAGGGACCCAGUGCCAUGAGCAGGUGGCUAGAAUGCCCUGUGGCGGGACUCUCUCCCAUGAGGUAAAGGAAUUUCUGAGUUUUCGGGCUCAGUCUCAGGUGCUAGGAUGGAUUCUGAUAGCCUGCAUCAUGGCUUUAGUACUGGUUGUCACAUGCAUCAACCGCUGUCGUUCUCCAGUCAGUUUUCUUCAGCUCAAAUUCUGGAAAAUCUAUUUGGCAAAGGAAAAGGAGCUUUUUGAGAGCAAGGCCAAAGAGCAUGCGACCAAGCUGGCAGAAAGGAACCUAAAGUGCUUCUUUGAAUUCACUGAUCCAGAACAAUUUCAGACUCCCAGUAACAAAGACUGGCAGCAAAUCUCAUCCUUGUAUGCUUUUAAUACGAAAAGACAGUAUUACAGCAUGAUACACAAAUAUGUUUGUGCCAAUAGAGGCGCCAGCAUCAAAUCAACCGAAGGGGAUAUGUUUUCUCCUGCACUAGGAUUUGUAGAUGGCACUGAUAUUGAUGAAACAGGUACAAUAUAAUGACAUACAGAAUUCUACUUUUGUAGUGUGGACAGUUAGCUAUGUAAAAAUAAUCUUGUUCCAUGCGCUGAUCUCUUUUAUACAUUAAUGGAAAUUUUGUGCAAAUUCUCGCAGAAUGAGAUGGCCCAUCAA